AUGGCUGCCUCGGCGGCUUUCGGGGCUGCCGCCCUGUUGGCUCUAGUGGCCAAUGUCCGCGCCGUUCCCGUAGUAUCGGAGCCGACAACCACCUUUACCUCGGAAACCACCAACCUGCCAUCACCCUAUGCCAUUGAGCACUACAACGUGACAUCCCAUGGCCCCUACGAUGGCCCGCCGGCCACCACAACCGGCGCCCUAUCUACCAAGGUCCUCGCCCCAUCUAUCGCGCCUGCGCCACCGCCGCCACAGAUCGUCGAGUACCCGGCGGACGGCGAGCUGCACGGUGACCAGCCCAUGCCCUUCACUCCCAGCGGAGGUAUCGGCACCAACGGCUCGGAGCCCAUUUACAAGGUGGCCUCCGACUUUGACUACCAAUCUCUCGCUCUAGCGCUUUACCACGAAUGGAUCGAGCUCGACCUGUUCCACUGGGGCCUGGCCACCUUUUCCGAGGAGGAAUUUGACGCCUACGGCAUCAACGCCGAGGACCGCUUUCUCAUCCAACAUAUGGCCGACCAGGAAAUCGGCCACGCGUCGGUACUGGCCAACAUGCUCGGCCCCAACGCGCCCAAGCAGUGCACCUACAAUUACCCUGUCUCAAACGUGCGCGAAUGGGUCGACUUCAACCAGAAGCUCACGCGCUGGGCCGAGGCCGGCGUCUACGGCUUCCUGCCGCAUCUCAACUCAGGCCCUGCGGCCCAGAUGCUGCUGCAGAGCAUCACGAUCGAGGCCCGCCAGCAGAUGUCGUUCCGACAAAUGGGUGGACAGUUCCCCAUGCCCGAGUGGCACACCCCCGGAAUUCCCCAGAGCUGGGCCUGGACGCUGCUCGCACCCUACGUCAGCUCGUGCCCGUACAACCAGACCCGCCUGGUCUGGCAGAACUUCCCCGCGCUGCAUAUCCUCAACCAGCCCAACCCGGCGCGCAUCAACGGCUCUAACGUCUGGAACGAGACGACCGGCGGGUAUGCCAACACGCUCUCGACCAAGGACAUUCCCGAGGACGAGCUCUGCGUCAACGCCACCGACAAGACACUCGACUGCCCCGCAGCUAUUGCCAACAACAAAUCCAUCCCGCUAUCGUACCCGGGACGGCAGGUCUUCCUGAAGUGGGACGCCCCCGGCCAGCUGGUCGGCCCAAACAACAGCUACGUGACGACGACCAACUGUGCUGAGCCCAAGUUCGCACUGUGGCUGUCGCAGCUCAACGUCACGUACACGCCGCUGCUGAACAUUAGCUACGAGGAGCGGACGGCCUACACAAUCCAGCCCAACGUGUCGACGUGGAAGAAUGAUCCGGCUGUCAACGGGACCAUGUUUAUGGCGCUCACUGACGUUGACUUGUUUGUGACGCCGUACAAUGUCAGCAUGGUCAACCCGCAUGUGGCGGCGCUGGCCGUGUACCAAGCUGGCUAA